UUGAAGGCCCUGACAGGAAGUGGUUCUUGUUCGUUGGUGUGUGAUUGACAGCGGGGGGAGCAGAUAUUUCAUGGCGGAGCUCGAACUGGUGUCUGGAGGUUUCUGGUGUCGGAGCAGACAUGUUGUUCAGUCCCACGGGAGUCAGCGAGUGUUUGAGGGAAUGGGAGGAUUUAGAGAAGGACUACCAGCAAAUCCAGGACACCCAUCGUCUUUAUAAACAGAAGCUUGAGGAAGUGACCAAGCUGCAGGUCAGCUGUUCUGGUGCCAUCUCCCGUCAGAAGAAGAAGCUGAAAGAACUCACAGCGUCAUUAGACGAAUGCAAAAACAAAAGUCCGACCCCAAAGUUGAGUCCCGACGAUGUUGAUCCCAUCGCUGAAAUCGAAGAAUCCAUCAGAGACAGAACAAAUGCUUUCUGUGAGAUGGAAGCUUUUCUGCCGAGGAAGAACGGGCUGUACCUCUCUCUAGUUUUAGGAAACGUGAAUGUGACGCUCCUCAACAAACAGUCAAAAUUCGCCUACAAAGACGAAUAUGAGAAGUUUAAACUGGUCCUGACCGUCAUCCUCUUCGCGUUCUCCUUCACCUGUCGCUUUUUGUUCAGCUACAGAGCCCUGGACGCUCUGUUCAACUUCCUGCUGGUGUGGUACUUCUGCACGCUCACCAUCCGGGAGAGCAUCCUCAUCAACAACGGCUCCAGGAUUAAAGGUUGGUGGGUUUUCCAUCACUAUGUGUCGACCUUCCUGUCCGGAGUCAUGCUGACUUGGCCUGAUGGCGCCCUCUACCAGAUGUUUAGAAACCAGUUCCUGACAUACUGUCUUUACCAAAGUUUUGUCCAGUUCCUUCAGUGCUACUACCAGAGCGGCUGCUUGUACCGACUCAGAGCUCUGGGAGAAAGACACAACAUGGACCUCACAGUCGAGGGGUUCCAGUCGUGGAUGUGGAGAGGUUUGACCUUCCUCCUCCCCUUCCUGUUCUUAUGUCACUUCUGGCAGCUUUACAACAGCAUCACACUCUUCAAGAUGUCCCAGCUCCCGGAGUGUAAAGAGUGGCAGGUGGUGAUGUGCGGCUGCACUUACAUGGUACUCUUCAUGGGGAACUUCUUCACCACGCUGGGAGUGGUUUACCAGAAAUACAUGAACAACCAGGACAAGUCUAAGACCUUAUAAAACUGGAAUGAUCCGACACUGAGGCUCUAAUAUUGUCUUUAGAGCUCGAUGUGCAUUGUCUGUGUGGACCACGUACACGCACUGCUUCUCAACCAUAGACGUUAUUUAAGGCGUAAUACCAAAGAAAAGGGUUGUUUUUGUAGCUUUGUCAGUUUUGGUCAGAGGAAGUGUUACUGAUAAAUUAUAAGAUCCCUCCAAUAUUGAUUUUUGGGGGCCGACGUCAAUUUGAAUAUUAGGCAAUAAUAAUACAUUUCUGAUAACGAUAUAUCUGCUGAUGUAUUUUUUUAAAAUUGAAAAAUAGCAAUGUUCCGUAAGAUGUUGAUGUUUUGUUAUGACAAAUUAUUGUUUUAAAGAUUAAACUUUAUUAUAAAUAACUGUACAUUAAAAAACACACAUGCAACCAAAUAUAAGAGACUUGAGUUAAGAAAAUAAACAUAUUUUUUUACAUAAAUUGUAAAAACAUAUUGUCUUACACUGUAAACUAAAAGUUUACAUGUCAGCAACAAACAUACUGAUCUGUGAACAGCUCAUGUCAGUCGUAUGACUCAUAUAAGCUCAUAUUUGCAUCAUAUUUAUUUGGGGAAAGUUUGUGUCUCAGCAGCUGCUUUAA